CGGGCACUCCACUCCCACCCCCUCGCCGCCGCCUCCGCCGCCCGCCGUGGUGCUCGGGCGCCGCCACCUCGCUCCCGCUCGACGCCUCUUUGAAUCCUCGCGCUCUCUCCCUCUUGCCCCCCAAAUGCGCCCGGCCACCUCCACCGUCCCACUCCCGCCCGCCUCGCCACUCCGCCACGCUCGGCGCCCUGCCUCCCCGAACCCUGCCCCGCGCCACCUCCGCGCGGGGUUCCUCCCCGGUCCCGUGGCGGCGUGCGGGGUGACGGCCCGUCGGAGGAUGGGCCCGGUCCGGGCUCCGGCACCCGCAGCGGGCGGCUGGGAGGUGGCGGCGGAUAAGGAUGGGGUGGGGGUGGGGGUGGAGCGGCUGGUGGAGGUUGCGCAGGGCGCGGCGGACGCGGCGGGGGAGGUGCUCAGGAAGUACUUCCGGCAGCGCGUCGAGAUCAUCGACAAGGAUGAUCAGAGUCCCGUGACAAUUGCAGACAGAGAAGCAGAAGAAGCAAUGGUAUCGGUCAUUCUGAAGAGCUUCCCUUCCCACGCCGUUUUUGGUGAGGAAAAUGGUUGGAGAUGUGUGGAGAAGUCUGCUGAUUAUGUUUGGGUUUUGGACCCCAUAGAUGGAACGAAGAGCUUCAUAACUGGUAAGCCUCUGUUUGGUACGCUUAUUUCGCUUCUGCAUAAGGGGAAGCCGGUUAUUGGCAUUAUUGACCAGCCAAUCUUGAGAGAAAGAUGGGUUGGGGUGGAUGGUCAGAAAACAACCUUAAAUGGACAAGAAAUAUCUGUUCGCCCUUGCAAUGUACUGGCACAAGCUUACCUAUAUACAACAAGUCCACAUCUCUUUGCAGGAGAAGAUGAAGAUGCAUUUAUUCGUGUACGAGAUAAGGUCAAAGUCCCACUAUAUGGUUGCGAUUGCUAUGCCUAUGCUCUUCUUGCUUCUGGUUUUGUCGAUCUUGUUGUUGAAUCAGGAUUGAAGCCAUACGAUUUUCUCUCCUUGGUACCAGUGAUUGAAGGAGCUGGAGGUUCAAUAACAGAUUGGAAAGGAAACAAGCUCCAUUGGGCUGUCUCUGAGGAAUCUCGUCCCGAAAGUUUCAAUGUGGUUGCAUCUGGAGAUGCCCGAGUCCAUAAGCAGGCCCUGGACGCGUUGCAAUGGCACUAGGCUUGUACCUCUGCAGCACAGGCAGUUUGCUCACAAAACAUGAAAUGUGUUAUCCAUGUGUCCAAUAAACAGUGUAUUUUGUAUGCUAGCCCAGUGAGCAAGCUAGCUAUUCAAAUAAUCACUGGCUCUAACAAAUUCCAUUUUACGGUUAUUCGGCUAGUGCUGUGCUCAGCUUGUGACUUGUGAGUAAUAUGCAGCUGAAUAAGCCAUCCUGGUUGAGAACGCAGCGGUAUAACAUCUGUAUUUGGCAAAACUGUAUCUGGGGUCUGCUUGAAGUUUGCAGGAAGUCCCCAAUGUUGAGUUACUACAGUGAUAAAUAAAGCUUCCAUUUGAAACAA